AUGUCCUCUGGAAGCGCUUCGUUACAGGAAACGAGGGUCUCUGUGACCAAGCUCAAGGGAUCUGGAAACGCGCAAAUCGAUGUCGAUGUUACGUCUGUAGUCGAAGAUCUGGAGGUUAUAACCACGGCGGAUUCGGAAGGACCGGAUCCUACGCCUAUCUCUACUGAAAAGUACGAAGAACUGGUUCAUUAUUUCAAGUACGCCUCUUCGUCGUAUGCGUUGAUUUGUCCCCGGCCUUGUGGGAAUAAGCUUGUUUCUACGUUCUCAAAUGCGGUGACGGAUAUCCAAGGUUUCGUUGCACGGGAUGAGAAGAGGAAGGAGUUGGUCGUUGCUUUGCGCGGGAGUGCAUCCAUCGCCGAUAUAAUCCUCGACGCCAACAUUAUCCUCGUUCCUGCGCUGGCUCCUGGGAUCAAAGCACCCUUUCACAGCUGGAUUGGGUUGGAUCGAGUUCGGACUGACAUGAAGAUCAACCAGCAGGAGCUAGGAUGGAACUCGGUCGCCCUCCAAGUCCUCACCAUCGUCCAAACCCAACUCAAACGCCACCCCGAGAUCGAGGGCGUAGUGACGACGGGACAUUCGUUGGGAGGUGCGGUUGCGUUGCUCGGGGCGUUAAGUCUUGUCGGGAAGGUCGACGAGUCUGUUUCUCCUAUCAAAGAUGCCUGGAGGGAGGAGCUGACUCUCAUUUUGGGAUGUGAUAGGAAGGUUAGAACGUAUUCGUAUGGAUCGCCUAGAGCUGGGGUAGGUCUAUGA